GUCAAACUCAACCACCACCAUCACAUCACCGACAAAGUGGCUACUUGGCCCUUAUUAGUUGCAAACCCAAACAAUGCGCACCAUCGAAGAAUUUCUGGAUGACGCUCGCACUGUCGCCAACAUGCCACUCCAUCGUGCAGCUUUCGUCCCCAGCCAACAGGACAAAGCCGCCAUUCUGAAGAAGACCAACAAGCUCCGGAAACUGGAAAAGGCUCUCUCCGUCAAGGUGACCCAGCUUCUGCGCGACCAGGACGCGAUCCGCGCGCAAAUCGCCUUGCACAACGCCCUCAUAGCGCCGUGCCGGCGCUUGCCUCCGGAGAUACUCUCCGAAAUCUUCGUUCUCGCGCUGCCUGACCACUGGGAUGAUCAGUACGCUGGGAAGCGGAGUCUGAACUUUGCUCGAGUCUGCCUGUAUUGGAGAGAGGUCGCGCUCCUGACGCCCCGUCUGUGGACAUCGCUGCGGUUUGACGCUAUGCGCAAUCCCCUCGCCAAGCAUGUCAACGCCUUGAAAGCCGAACUAGCUAAAACCGCGCAGGCGCCGCUGAGUCUCUUCAUGACCAUGCGCGUGAACACACUGGCUUGGCUGCCCGCCGUGCCGCCCAUGAAAGAGGAUUUGUGGAGCCGGAAGGCAUGGACCUUGCUCUGCGCGCAGUCGCAUAGAUGGGAGAGGGCGCUGUUUGAGCAGCUUCCGGGCUUCGCGUACGACGCUGUGGCCGGCCGCGCGUUCCCGGCGUUGCAGGAUCUAGCGCUAUACAUCAACGAGGAAGACGAUGAGGUCGCAUACGAGACCGUGCCACUCCAUGCAUUCAAAGAUGCCCCAAAUCUGCGAAGUUUAUUCAUCCAUUAUACGUCGCCCGUCCAGCCUUUCCGCCUUCCGCAGACUUGGACGCUCACGAAGCUCAUCAUUCAGUGCGGCGACCACGCCGACGUUACCCUCGCGCCAUGCUUGGACGCCAUCAUGGCUAGCGCCAGCACCCUGCGGUCGUGCGUGAUCUCUGCAGACGAGAGCUUUGGCGACUUCCCUGCGGGGCGGGAGCCGACGACUUUUCCGCUCCUCGAGGACCUCGAGCUCCGUCACAACGCCAUCUUCCUCGGCUACCUCAUGACUAUCCCCUGCAUCAGAACUUUACGCGUAUCCGCGUACCCGGACGUGGAGACGUACCCCUUCGACGCGCUCAAGUCCAUGCUCGCGCGCUCGGCGGGGUGCAAGUCAUGUCGCUCCCUCUUGCUGGAUGGCCUAGAGCCGACGAGCGCAGACGAUGUCAUCGCGUGCCUCCAGCUCGUCCCGCACCUCACCGAUCUCGAGCUCAAGCACGACGAGGCGAUCGAGGACAUCGAGCAUCCGUUGAUUACGCUGCAUCUCAUCCUGGCAUUGUCGCGCGACUCAGGGAGGGCCGGCGCGCUGACGCUCCUCCCCGACCUCGCGCGCCUCGUCGUCAACUUCGGCGGGCUGAGGAGUGGGACGUAUGAUCCCGAUAUGCGUGCGGCGCUAGCGGAGCUGUUGCGGUCGCGGAGGAGCCCCAGGGAAGUGGAUGGGGUGACCCUCGCUGCUCUUCAGCAACUUCGGACUGGCGAUAGGUCUCUCAGCUGGCCACCCGAGGAAUUGGAGGACUUCGAGACCGAUGAGGAGUGCACCGAUGAGGAUGAUUUCUCGGACUUUGACUCGGAGCCUUGAGGUAGUAGGAAGGUGCGGUAAACGAUGUUCGGCGCGUUUGGUCAUCCGAAUGAUAAUGAGUGCUUUUAGAUUGAAAUACUGAACAAGCUGUACAACCAUCACCGUGUACUUUGCCAUCGUGUCCCCGUAGCUUAUUCCCUGUACAUGUAGCACCAGCGCUGCUUUUCCGUCAAAGCAAUGCCAGAUCCAUGGCCAAAGUCCCUCCGACGCGCUCUUCGGACUAUGAAACCCACCUCAGUUAUAAUGCACCCGUGCUCUCAAUGGGUUCAAUUACGCCGCCGCAUCGUAGAGAUCAACCACGAAGUUUGUGGACCCGCCAGCGCCCACUGGACAUGUCACUAAAGCACAUUCUUAUCACCUAUCAGUUCCGGCUAUUCAAUGCAUCCUG